GACCUCGCCGCCUCGCCGUUGCGGUUCUAGUAUGGCUCGAUCCGUCGUGGUGUUCGCCUCGAUCGCGACAUGCCUGGCGCUCGCUCGGGCCGCCGAUGACCGCCAGAACCGGGCCGGCGACCUGGACCGCGGCCCCCCGGCCCGCCUGGAGAUGAGCACCGAGUUCUUCCUCGUGCCGGCGAGCGCCGCCGCCCCCGCCGCCUCCGACGCCCCCGUCACCCUCGAGCGCAUCGGCGGCAUCUUCCGCAACGAGAGCUGGGUCAUCCCCGUGCUCACCCUGUCCGCCGUCACCAUGGCGCUCAUCGUCGGCUUCGAGGUGUUCGUGCUGUGCAAGGCCUGGCGCACCACCCCCAGCCGCCGCCACCUCUUCCUCGGCCAGAUGCUGCUGCUCGGCCUGUUCGCCUGCGCCGGCCUGGGGGCCGUCUACGCCGCCUCCCCCACGCGCCUCACCUGCGCCGUGCUGCGCUUCGGCACGGGGGUGGCGUACGCGCUGGUCUUCGCCGCCCUCUUGGUCAAGUGCGUCUUCCUGAUCAGCCUCAACGGGGGCGUGUACCUGCCGGCCCCCUACCAGGGGCUGCUGCUGCUCUUCGCGAUCUUGAUCCAGGUGGCCAUCGGGGCGCAGUGGCUGAUCACGAGCCCGCCGCUGGUGGACGACGUCACCUUCGAGGUGGCGGCGACGCCGAGUAAGCACAGGUUGCUGGUGACGGCGGAGGACGUCGCCGCCCCGCUGGUGCUGCCGCUGUGCCGCACCUCCUACACCGACAUACUGCUCUCGCUGAUCUACGUGAUUUUUCUGAUCGUGUUCGUGACGGUUCUGGCGGUGAAGUCCCGAGGGAUCAGAGACAAUUACCGGGAAGCUACUUAUAUCGGACUGUCGGUGGGCUGCAGCAUUCCCACGUGGAUAGUGUGGAUCUUGAGUGGGUUCGUGGUCAGCGAGAGACACAGAGACGCUUGCUUAGCUUUUGGACUAGUGAUUUCUUCGGUUUUGGUCUUUCUGAUCAUGUUCAUGCCGAAGGGAAGACAGUUAGCGGCGAUGGGCAAGGAAGGGGUCUACGUGGAAGACAGAGAGGAACGUUUUAGUUCUUUGAGUAGGGCGGGAUCCGGGUAUUCCCCGUCCUUUUUUCACUUCAAACCUAUUAAGUACGGGCUGGGGCAUGGUACUAAGCAUCAACACACGGUCACCACCAUCGGAGGAGAUCUGGCCUUGUAUCCGCCACCGCCGAGUUAUACUCGUCUGUAUCAGUAUCAGUGCUACCCUAGCCCACCGGGGUACUACUCCACACGGUACCUUCCAGGUGGCGUUUUCCUGCGACCGGACGACGGUAACGUGUACACCACCCUCGAGCCCACCCUGAGCAGCAACCCCAACGUGUACUUCCAGCGAGGAAGCGGCGUCCAUCCGGGGAUGAUGUACUAAGGACUCUUUCAAGCUAAUUUUAAGUGUUAAGCUAUUUAUUCUAUUGCUUUUUGCGCUCGCCAAGUGGAAGCUCCUAGUGUCAAAGCUGCAAAAAGUGAUCUCUGUUAUGUUAGAAUUUUAACGAUUGUCAUUGUACAAAUCGAUAUUAUUCGAUAGUUGAUAGUGAUUAUUUAGCCAUUUUACUCAUUAUGCAAUAGCCAUUUUUUGUAAAAUAACAACGAAUGACUGAUCAACUUACCAUAUUUUAAUCAUGUUUCUGUUGUAAGUAUAGGAUGUAAGUGUACAAAUACUUUAUGUGAGAUAAAUAGAUUAGAGAAUC